AUGGCCAAUCCCCUUUCCUCCUCCUUCCUUAGCUUUUUCCUCUUGAGCAUUACUCUUGUAUUUCUUUCUUCUUCUUCUUCAAAGAAGCUGGGAUUUGCCUUUGAAGGAAAAGAGACAAUAGAAAGCAAUAACCAUCUUCAUCAUCAUCAUACUCAUACUGUGCAAGUCAGCUCUCUACUACCAUCAACAACUUGCAGCCCCUCCACCAAAGAUCCAAAUAGGAAGGCAUCUUUGAAAGUUAUACACAAAUAUGGUCCAUGCUCCCAAUUCGGGCAACACAAAGCAAAAACUCCUACCCACAUUGAAAUCCUGAAACAAGACGAAUUAAGGGUGAAGUCAAUCCACUCCAGGCUCUCCAACAAGUUGGCUGGUGGCCGCGGCGGAGAUUUGAUAGACUUAAAGGCCUCCACGAAUAUCCCGGCCAAGUCUGGUAGCUCCGUCGGCACAGGCGACUACGUUGUGACCAUCAGCCUCGGCACACCCAAAAAGGACUUGACCCUGAUAUUUGAUACCGGCAGCGACCUCACUUGGACCCAAUGUGAGCCUUGCGCCAGAAGUUGCUACAAUCAAACGGAAACGAUCUUCAACCCAUCAGCAUCCAAGACUUACACAAAUAUCACUUGUAGGUCAAAUUUGUGCAAUGAGCUCAUUUCUGCCACAGGAAUCACACCGGGUUGCUCAACCACCACAUGCGUGUACGGCAUACAAUACGGCGAUCAGUCGUUUUCCGUGGGAUUCUUCGGCAAAGAGAGGCUGACCCUCACACGAACAGACGUGUUCGACGACUUCCUGUUCGGCUGCGGCCAGAACAACCAAGGCCUCUUCGGCGGCUCCGCCGGGCUGCUCGGCCUGGGCCGCAACCCGCUCUCCUUCGUCCAACAAACCACACCCAAGUACGGCGGCUUCUUCUCCUACUGCCUCCCCUCAAGCGCCAGCUUCACCGGCCACCUCACCUUCGGGAAAAGCCGCGGCGGAGCUUCCAAAGCCGUCAAAUUCACGCCCUUGUCGGAAGCCUCAAACGGCACGUCGUUUUACGGCCUCGACACCACGGGAAUAAGCGUCGGGGGAAGAAGGUUAGCAAUCAAGGCGUCGGUUUUCUCGGCCUCCGGGACCAUCAUCGACUCGGGGACUGUCAUCACGCGCCUGGCGCCCGCGGCGUACAGCGCGUUGAGGAGUGCGUUUCGGAAGGCGAUGAAAGCAUAUCCUCUAACGGACCCGCUCUCAAUACUCGACACGUGCUACGAUCUCAGCAAGUACGACGAGAUUACGGUCCCAACAGUAGCGUUCUCGUUCGGCGGUGGGGUCACCGUGGAGCUGGAGGCGGUGGGGGUGUUAUACAUUCCAAGAAUCUCUCAGGUUUGUUUGGCUUUCGCCGCGAAUAGUGAUGCGAGUGACGUGGCGAUAUUGGGGAAUAUUCUGCAGAGAACGUUGGAGGUGGUGUACGAUGUUGCCGGAGGGAGGGUUGGGUUUGGGCCUGCUAGUUGUAGCUGAUUAAUUAAGAAAUGAUUAAGCUGGGCUAAUCACAAAGAGAAUCUUUGUGAUAGCGGGCUUCAACAGUCUCACUAGAAACCAUUGGGAAAAUCAAUGGAAAUAAUAUUAGAGUGAUCAAAAGGGUGAUGAUCAAAUAAAAGUUUGCAAGUCGUGUGUAUAUAUAUAACCAAGUUAUAUUCUG